AUGGGUACGUUGCAGAAUCCGAGCCCAAACCCGUAUCCGAAUCGCAAUAUACUACCGCAUUCGAACCCUACACCCAGCCCGAGCCCGAACCCAAAUCCAGCUCCCGGAUCAAAAUCCCCUUCAUUUGAGGAGGUCUCCAAGUUGUUCUCCCGUCCACUCUCCGACGCCGCCGACUCUCUUGGUACCUGUCCUAGUGUUUUGAAAAAGGUCUGCUAUGACAACGGUCUUGUACGGUGGCCGUAUCGAAAGUUUCUCUCUGGAAAGAGCAUUGAAGAAAUUAAGAAGGAAGCUGCACUAGAAAAAGAGAAGCAACUUGCUGGCUUGAAAGUUGUUGGGCAAAGGAAUGUUUCUGUGGCAGUAUCACCUUCCAUAGGCCCUCAAGUUCGGAGCUCAACUACUGGCUCUUUACAGGGAAGUCCAACUUUACGAUCACUCACACCACCGCCAACCAUCAAUAACCGUUCUGGAAGUUCCCAUAUGAAUAGCCCUGCAGUGAACAAUGCAAACCCUCCCCUCUUGGAUGAAUUCAAAUACGGGUUCCCAUCAGAUGGCUUAUCAAGCAUCUCAUACAAAUGGUGGGGAAACAAGAGUGCUGAUGAAAAUGCUGUUGAUAGCGAAAAAGGCAGCAGUAAAGAUGCUACUGAUAAAAGUGCGCAACAACCUAAUAAGGACUUGGAGAAUAAUACUAAUUCUGCUGACUUGGCAUCAACUGAUGGGGAUGCGGCUCAAGGCAAGAAGAACGAAACUGCAGAGACGGAUCCCAAGUGGGCAAGUUCACUCACUGCCUUGAGAAGUAAAGCGGCCAAAGAGGGGCAACGAGCUUUGAAACUCGGUGUUCACAGAGGAUACAGUGUAAAAACCCUUGAUCGUGCCAAAAAGCAUGCGCUCCUUCAGAUAUUCAAAUCAUCUUUGCCCGCGGAAUGGGGUCACGUGUCUUUGGAUAGCUGA